AUGGCCCUUGGUUAUGGGGUUAUCUCGUCUGGGCUAGAUGGAAGUCCACCUUCAAUUACUCGAAUGGAAGCAUUCAUGAUGGAGGAGAUUUUGUCCCGUACAGGUGGAGGCGCGGGUAAACAUACUCGAUGGAGACAGAAGGUCGUGGAGGAGCACGGUGGUUCUGCCAUUGCUGCUGGCGACGGUGUUGAUGACAAAGAAAGGUAA